AUGAUCAAAGCUGUUCUUAUAUUCAACAACCAAGGCAAGCCAAGAGUUACGAAGUUCUAUCAGCAUUACAGCGAGCAAGAUCAACAAUCGAUUAUUGAGGAAAUUUUCAACUUGGUUUCGCGUAGAGAAGAAGGUGUGUGCAGCUUUCUCGAGGGCGGCAAAUUAGUCGGCGGAUCUGAUUACCGCUUGAUUUACCGACACUACGCAACCUUGUAUUUCAUCUUUUGCGUUGACUCGUCCGAAUCUGAGCUUGGUAUUUUGGAUUUGAUACAGGUUCUCGUGGAAGUUCUGGACAGAUGUUUCGAAAAUGUUUGUGAGUUGGAUUUGAUCUUUCACAUGGACAAAGUGCAUUUUAUUUUGAACGAAAUGAUUAUGGGCGGAAUGGUCUUAGAAACAAGUCUUCACGAAAUCGUGAGCAGAUAUCACGAGCAGGAGAAAAUCUGUAAACAGGAGAUCGGCUUCUCCAAAACACCGUCAAUGGUGGCCGGCGCGCUGAAGAGUAUCGAACUGCCAAAUUUGAAAAAUGAACUCAAGAAUAUCGAGCUGCCGAAGCUCCCCUCGCUCAGAAGAUGA